CAACAAACCACAUCAAAACGAAAAAUAACCGACAAGAAUUCUGCCGGUGUUUUUUUUUUCUUGACUAAAGAUUCUAUUGUGCAGCUUUUAUUUACUGAUUGUAAUUCAUUUUGUCAAUACAUCAAAAAAAAGCAGUGUAUCGUGAUGGAAGAACAAAAGCAAUCACCAGGAAUGAAAUUAGAUUUUGCAAUUUUCGAAAUUGGAUGUGAUUUAAUAACCAUUAAUGAUGCUGAUAAUGAAAUUGUACAAUCAUCAAUUGAUAAAAUAAAAAAUGUUACAAUACUUGCAUUGAUGAAAGAAGGAUAUGCUGUUGUUGAUUUUACAAUACCAAUUGAACCAGUUAGUAUAAAGUGUCUUCUUGAUGUUGCUGAAAUAUCAUUGUUGAAAAAAUCUCAAGUAUUCAAGAUCAAUAAUAAUUCAUUUCUCAAAAUUGAUUACGUCAUUCAAAAUUGUGUCAUCAGAGAAAAAGGUCUGGAUCUUGCUUCUCUUAUUGAAAUGACAAAUCUCAAUCCAAUUGAUAAUACUAAUGACACAACAUCAACAACAUCAGAUGAUAAUCAAAUUAAAAAUGAUAGUGAUGAUGUAGUGUUUUGUGUUGAUUCAACAGAUUCAAGUGAUUCAGAUGAUAAUUUAGUCAUUGAUUGUCUUGAUAGCUAUGACAAAUCAUCCAGCACCAAACCAAAAGUCAUUAAGUAUUUGUACAAUCCAAAGACUUCUUCAUAUUUUUCAUUCAACUUUAUGUAA